UGUACAGUGUUGUGUAAAAAGAUCGAAGGGCCUAAAAAGAUUCUCUCAAAAAACUUAUUUCGGUCUAUCACAAACGAAAUCAUUGCUUAUUUUGAUUUCCUGUCGAUUUGAUAUUUGAAGAACGCUCGGUAGCCAUGCACCGAGUUUGGAGGAGUGUGAAUUCAGUUCGCAAAGCGAGUCGAAUCCAGAUCCAUCCUGCUGCAGGAAAAGUCAAAGACUUUCAAAAGUUUCAAUUUCGCCUCCUUUCAUCGAGUUCAGCAGAUGCAGAGCUGCAUCUCAGCCAAUUCUUCCCGAAGCAUGAUGACUUUACAGUCCGUCACAUUGGGCCAAAUGCAGCUGAAAAGAAGGAAAUGCUUGACUUCAUCGGAGUUGAGUCCAUUGAUGAGAUGAUACAGAAUACUAUUCCUGAAAACAUAAUGCUGGGCAGACCACUUCAUGUAGAGGAAGCAUAUAGCGAGAGAGAGUUGAUCGAAAGAAUCCAGGAGAUCGCAAAGAAAAACAAAGUAUGGCGCUCGUAUAUUGGGAUGGGAUAUUACAACUGUUGUGUGCCAAAUACAAUUCUGAGGAAUAUAUUCGAAAAUCCAGGAUGGACCACCCAGUACACGCCUUAUCAACCAGAGGUUGCCCAGGGUAGACUCGAGGGUCUUUUGAACUACCAGACAAUGAUAUGUGAUAUGACAGCGAUGGACAUAGCAAAUGCCUCUCUUCUUGAUGAGUCGACUGCUGCUGCUGAAGCCAUGGCUCUGUGCUUCAGACACAACAAGCGGAGGAAAUUCUACAUUGACAGCAGAUGUCAUCCACAGACUAUCGCUGUUGUUGCCACUCGAGCCAAUGCCAUGGGUAUCGAAGUGUUGCCCACAACCUUUGACGAGAUGGAUUUCACCAACCGCGAUGUGUCUGGUGUGUUAUUUCAGUACCCAGACACUGAAGGCUCAAUCUAUAACUUCUCAGACCUGGUCGAGGCUGCACAUGACAAUGGGUCUCUGGCAGCAUGUGCGAGUGACCUGAUGGCUCUGACCAUCCUCAGGCCACCGGGUGAUUUUGGUGUCGAUAUUGUCCUCGGGACCAGCCAGAGAUAUGGUGUUCCUCUAGGGUACGGUGGGCCCCAUGCUGGAUUCUUCGCUGUCAGGAAUGACUUUAAACGUCUCAUGCCGGGGAGGAUGGUGGGGGUGACGAGAGAUGCUACAGGUGACAGUGCACUCCGCCUCGCCCUACAGACUCGUGAGCAGCACAUCAGACGAGACAAAGCGACCAGUAACAUCUGUACGGCCCAAGCCCUCCUGGCCAACAUGUCUGCCAUGUACGCUGUCUACCAUGGUCCUCACGGCCUAAAGCAUAUCGGAAAGAGAGUCCACCAUGCUGCGUUGAUCGUGGCAAAUGGGGUGACAGACGCCGGUCAUCAAGUUGUCAACCCGCAAUUCUUCGACACGCUCAAAGUGAUGCCCAACUGUGAUAUGAAGGAGAUCAUGUUUAAAGCUGGACAGAAGGAAAUCAACCUACGAUAUUAUCAAGAUCAGCAUGUUGGCAUAGCGAUGGAUGAGACAGUCGGUGUCCAAGAUAUCAAUGAUCUCCUCUACGUUUUUGGCUCAUCAAGAACAGCUGCUGACAUCGCCAAAGCCAUAUUCAGCGAAGACGAACCAAGUGGAAUUGAAGCAUCUGAGUUCAACAGGACGAGUGACUACUUGACUCAUCCAAUAUUUAACAAAUUCAACUCUGAGACAAAUAUUGUGCGCUAUAUGAAGAUCCUGGAGAACAAGGACUUGUCGCUGGUUCACUCGAUGAUUCCACUGGGAUCCUGUACCAUGAAGUUAAAUGCGACCACAGAAAUGAUGCCAUGUUCAUACCCCGAGUUCAGCAACAUUCAUCCGUUUGUUCCCAUUGACCAGUCCCUCGGUUACCUACAGCUCUUGAAGGAGUUGGGACGGGAUCUCUGUGAAAUCACUGGUUAUGAUAAGAUAUCGUUCCAACCGAACAGCGGUGCGCAGGGAGAGUACACAGGUCUACGAGCAAUCAUGGCUUAUCUGGACGCUCAAGGAGAAGGACAGCGCAGUGUGUGUCUCAUCCCCGCGUCGGCUCACGGCACAAACCCUGCCAGCGCGCAGAUGGCAGGAAUGAAGGUCCAAGCCAUCAUGGUGGACAAGAAAGGAGCCGUUAGCAUGAAGCAUCUGAAGGAAAUGGCUGAGAAGUAUAAAAAGACGUUGGCGUGUGUGAUGAUUACCUAUCCUUCCACGAAUGGAGUGUUUGAUAGGGAAAUCCGUGAAAUUUGUGAUCUCGUGCAUGACUGUGGUGGGCAGAUAUACUUGGACGGUGCUAAUAUGAAUGCUCAGGUUGGUCUCUGUCGCCCGGGUGACUAUGGAUCUGACGUCAGCCAUUUGAAUUUACACAAGACAUUCUGUAUUCCUCACGGCGGAGGCGGACCUGGCAUGGGACCAAUUGGAGUUAAGAAACAUCUGGCUCCCUAUCUUCCAACCCAUCCUAUCGUUCCUCCCUUUGGCACCACCGGCCCGAUGGCAAAGUCUUUCGGUACAGUCAGUGCGGCCCCAUUCGGUUCAAGUGCGAUCUUACCUAUAUCUUGGGCCUACAUAAAACUGAUGGGACCGGAGGGACUGCGUCACAGCUCGGAGAUCGCCAUUCUGAAUGCUAACUACAUGAGUAAGAGGCUAGAUGGAUAUUACAAGACGGUCUUCAAGAAUGCCGAAGGUUUCUGUGCACACGAGUUCAUCAUAGACUGCAGAGAGUUCAAGAAGCAAGCGGGUAUCGAAGUUGUUGACGUCGCCAAGCGGCUACAGGACUACGGCUUCCAUGCACCGACCAUGUCCUGGCCUGUCAGCGGUGCACUGAUGAUCGAACCAACCGAAUCAGAGGAUAAGGAGGAAUUAGACAGAUUUUGUGAUGCCUUGAUCGCUAUUCGGAAAGAAAUUGAAGACAUUGCAAAUGGGAAAAUGGAUAAAGUUAAUAACCCAUUAAAGAAUGCACCCCAUACUCUAGCUGCGCUGACGUCGGACCAAUGGGAUAGGCCUUACACCAAGGAACAAGCCGCAUACCCAAUGUCCUACAUUGUGCCAGAAACGAAGUUUUGGCCAACGUGUUCCAGAAUUGAUGACAUUUACGGAGAUCAGCAUCUUGUUUGUUCCUGUCCGCCGAUGUCGUCAUACAUAUCUCCAUUCAUUGAAGCAGACAAGAAAAAAGCUAAAGUUGUGACUUUUACAUAGACUUACAAGAAGGAUUUUGUUUGUUCUGUUCAUCAAGAAUUGAACAUUUCGCUAGCUAUCGUGUGUUUAGAAAUAAAGACAGACUAGAGGCAUGAGCCAGGGAGGGCGGAUUAGGUUCCAUGAAAUUGCCAAUAGGGGUCUCAUUAUCUCAUGUACCGUAGAGAACACGGAAAAUAUUGUGCUGUACAUGUAUGAGGAAUAUAAUUCUCUUCAAAUCAAACGCAAAUGUGCAAACGUUGGCAGCCAGCUGAGGACUUCUAAUUUGACAUUUUUCCUCGCCAUCUUUAGACUAAGCAACAGAUGGAUGUGUCAUGGUCUCAGUGUAUGCGUGUGUAUAUGUGUGUUUUUAACUUGAAGGUGUCCUGAAACACCUUUUAACAUGCAAUGAAGGUUAAAGUGUCCCCCCCUAGUCCCUCUGACAUGUAAGGUGGGCAGUUUGAUUUUUAUGCAGUUUUCACCAUUGUGUUUCUCAUUUUAAGCACUAUAAUACUUUACAUGUCACCAUUCAGUUAAUAUGAAAGUGUUCCAGUGCUUUAUUUCAGUAGUGUAGUCCCUUCUGUUUAUUUUGAAUGUUCCAAAUGUGAUAGGUUGCAUCCAAACUGACAACAGACGAUUGUGUGGAGUUUGUUUUUGAGAUAAGUCACCAUGUUUAACACAGGUAUUGGUAAUAAUGAUAAUAAUUCGGUGAAAUUUGAUAAGGGGGCUACUAUUAGAUGUCACUCACAGCUUACGAAACCACUGAGGUUCGUGAGGAACUUAUUCAUGACCUGGUGCUGAUACAUGUACACAAAUUUACAUGUGACUCCUACGUUUAAUUUAAGACCAACGUUAAUGUGCCAAAUUAUUUGUAAGUCUUAAGAAGUCUUAAUCCACAACAGAAUUAUCUGAAAAAGUUUGAUGUUAAAAUCUCUAUUCUGAAGAGGUAUGAAAUGAUCGAAAUAAAUAUUAAAAUAGGCUUACUUAAAAAGUAUGAUUCCUGUGGGAUUGUUGAAUUGAUAAAUAUUACCAUUUCGGCCUGUUAGGAAAAGUGUGUGAUGUCAGCCACAUGUGUUAUGAAUAGUGCAGUGCUUUGAUGCAACCAAAUUGCAUAAAACCAGCAUGAAAUCUCUGUUGAGGUGCUGGAUGACUAUAGAAUUUAUGUUUUUGCUGACAAUUCUUGGAAGUGAUGAGCAGAACAAUUAGUUAUGGAUUUUAGGAAUGAUAAAAAUGACAGAAUGUCGAUUGAUUGAGAAAAAGUGUGGUAUUGUCAAGUUUCUGUCCUGGUCACGAGUCCCAGCAGACGACACAGCAAGUCAUGUAUCUUUUCAAAGCCCUUACAAACAUUGUAACGACAACCAAGGUCCAGGGGCGUAGCUAGUAAAGGGAAUGCCCCCCCCCCCAAAAAAAGUUCCGUGAAAAUGUGUUUUUGACCAUGCCCUAGGCCAAAAUAUUACAAAAAUUGUCAUUUUGCAUUUUGCCCCCCUCCAGACCAAAAAUCUAGCUACGUUCCUGCAACAACAACAGUCAAUGACUAUGUCGUCUGCUAUUGAUUUCAAAUGUUGUUACGCAGGAUGUUUUGUCAUCAUAUUUUCACUCUGUUUGUUGUUUUUUGUGAGCCCUGAAGUGGUAGCACCCCCUAUGGUAACAGAUCCGAUUGAUUACUACCUAUUAGCAUGAAUAAAAAAGUAACUAUUGA